UUUCAUACAGUAUUCGCAAAAACAAGAAUUCAAUAUGAAGGCAGUUAUAUUUAUUUUUAUUAUUAUUGCAAUCAGUGUGAAGGCUCACAAUGUUCACCUGUCACAAGAACAAAAAGAAAAAGUUAAAACUUAUACCGCAGAAUGUAUCAAGGAGACGGGCGUGAAACCAGAAGUACUGGCUGAAGCUAAGAAGGGGCAUCUUGAUAACGAUGAGGCUUUAAAGAAGUUCAUCCAUUGCUUCUUCCUAAAAGCAGGAAUAGUUUUAUCUGAUAGAAAACUAAAUAUUGAUGUAGCUCUUGCUAAAUUACCCCCUGGUAUAGACAAAACUGAUGCGGCUAAUAUUCUGAAUGAAUGCAAAAACAAAAAAACUAGCAGUCCGGCAGACAUGACGUUUGAAAUAUUUAAAUGUUAUUAUACAAACACAAGACAACACGUUUUGAUUGAGUAGUGUUUUAUUCUAUAAAUUUC